AUGGUCAGUGCCUCAGAGGAACGACAGGAAAUUCUUCUACAAGUCAUUACACUCCGACAAUUAGCCAAACAUUCGAAUAGUAUUCACAAGGAUGCCAUCACUGCCUACAUUGAAAAGGAUCCACUCUACAAGCAAUGCGAAUCAAUUAUACUUGGCAUGAAUGGAAAGAGAACGAUCUUUCAAAUUAUUCAAAAAUUAUCAGAAAAUGAUUUGAAAUUCAAUGAAAGUGAGGAAUUUGAAUUGAUUAGAGAUUUGAAUCAAGUGGAUGAAGAAUUGUAUCCAAAAAAGUUCUUUGAAUUGACUAAACCAUUGGAUAGAUUGUUUUCUCUUGAGGUUUAUCAGUUGGCUGCACUUUCUUUGAAAAUUGAUUAUAAGAAACCUAAAGAGUUUUUUGACUUGAUGUUUGCCAAGCUAAAUAUUGAGCAAAUAGUAACCAAUAAGAAGAAGAAGGUAUUAUUUACUAAAUUGGAUGAAGAGGAAAGUAAAAAGAAAUUGGUUGUGAUUGAGAAUCAACUUGAUGAAUUAUUCGAAAUAUUUCCAAUAGAAUUUGCAGAGAGAGUGAAAGCCAAAUGUGGUGAAAAUUUGGAUCAAUUGGUUGAAAUUGUAAUGGAUAUUAAGAAACCCUUGAGACUCUACUAUUAUCAACAAGACGAAAAGGACGAAACUUGUACAAUCGACUAUCAAAUUUUAAACUCAAUUUGUCAAAAUCUAAUUUUUGGACAGGAUGACAGGGCUGGCAUUAGUGGAACACUACAUCGUGUCAGUAGAAUUACAUCCAGAAUUGGAAACGUGAUUGGCUUAACUAUUCGAAUAGGCAGAGCAGUUGUAGGAAUUGGAGAACUUUUCAAAGAUGUCACUAAUUCGAAUGAAAAUAUCCUACUGGUGGGUAUUCCUAAUUCUGGUAAAAGUACAUUGAUUAGAGAUUUGAGUAGAGUUCUUUCAGAACAGAAUCGAGUAGUGAUAGUAGAUACAUCUUGUGAAAUUGCAGGUUUGGGAGAUGUGCCUCAUUCUGCAACAGGAGAUUCGAGAAGAAUUCCUGUCAAAGAUCCAAAAAAUCAAAGAGUUGACAUGUUGAGAGCUGUCCAAAAUCAUUCUCCACAAGUAAUUGUCAUUGAUGAGAUUAGUGAUUCUAAGGAGGUGCAAACAUGUAGAACUAUUUCUCAAAGGGGAGUCCGUUUGUGUGCCUCAGCUCAUGGAACUUUGGAAAAACUUCUGGUCAACCCAGUGUUACGCGAUUUAUUGGGAGGAGUUGGUGAUGUUACAGUCUCUGAUGAUUCAGCCAGACAAAAGGGAGGUCAAAAGAUUAUCAAUCAAAUGAAGGGCUCACCAAUUUUUGGAAUAAUAAUCGAAGUUAAAAAGUCUCAAAAUGGUGACACAGAGUGGAUUAUUUAUAACAAUGUAAAGGAAACUGUAAGGAGUAUUUUGAAUGGACAGGAUUUUAAGGGUAUUAGGAGAAGUUUGAAAAUUCCAAAUGAUUUGCUCUCAGUGCAGGACAUAGUUACGGUUUUCCAACCAACCAAUUUUUAA